AUCAAAAAAAUAAAAUUCAUUAAUGGCUUCAAACAAAAAUUUGCCAGUAUUUUGCAUUGUUUUGUCAAUUGUAGCAGCAGCUACUAUUGCUUCUGCAAAUAACAAUUAUGAAAAUAGUUAUGGCAAUGAUGCCCCAAAAACAUACAAGAAGGAUGUGCAUACAAAAGGAUUAGUCCCAGAAGCAAAUAUUAUUGCUGUUCAAGGAAUGAUUUAUUGCAAAUCUGGAUCUAAACACAUUCCACUUAAGGGAGCCGUAGCAAGGAUAACAUGUCUAGGCACGGAAAAACACGGACACGAAACCGCUCCAUUCUCCUUUUCAAGUUACCAAUCGGACGCAAAAGGUUAUUACUACGCAGUAUUUUCACUAAAUGAGCUCAAAGAAUAUGAUCAAUCAUGCACAAUUACACAAUGCAAAGCCUUCUUAGAAAGCUCUUCACUUGAAGAAUGUGAUGUACCAACUGAUGAAAAUAAUGGUAAAACAGGAGCUAUUCUUACUUCUUAUCGAUUACUCAAUGAAUAUGCUGAGAAGAAAACAGUAUUGUACUCUGUUGCACCUUUUGUUUACACUUCCGAAGAUGAUGGUGAUGAUGAUGCUGAUUACACUAAAUCCAAUUACUACAAACGUGAAGGGGGUUAUUAGAUCUUUUUUUUUAUAUAUUAAUAAUUUAUCAUCCAUGAAAUUUGACAUUUUUAAUUGUUUUUUUGGUUGUAAUUUGCAAUUUUUUUGAUGAUUUAUUUGUAUGCAAGAAAAUGGGAGCAUCAUUUAAUUUGAAGUUUGUGUUUUGACAAUGAGUA